AUGAAGAAAUUCUUGAUAUGCUCAAUAGUUAUGAACUUUGUGUUAGCUAUCGACGUCACCAUUAUUACUUCCCAAUUUACUCUACCCUUUUUACAGUCAUAUACGUUUAUAAGCCCCUAUAAUUCAGUCAGCUUAAAUUGUUACAAUGUAAGCUCUUCAUCAGACUUGGCUGAAUAUUUAAGCUUUUUACAAGAUCAGGCAAUUUUAGACUUCACAAACUCGUUGAUUUUUUCUGAAAUUAUUUCUUAUUUUUCAGAAAAGCAAAAUCUACUGCAUGUCGAACUAAAUGCUUUUUAUUCGUUAUCAGCGAAAAACUCAUUUUCUUUACUACAACUUCUGUUAGCAAGAUAGAUAUAGAAUAGAGCAUUUAAUAUAAAAUUAAAUAAUUAUUUUAAAUAAAAAUAUAUUCUGUUGGUUUUCAUAGAUUUUGAAUAAAAAAUAAAAUUUUUUUAAAUAAAAUAUUUAAAAACUGCUUCUUGAGAAAAAAGCUCAAUAUUGUAAGAAGGAAUUUAGCUAUUCCAAUACAAAAUGAAAUCUUAUCAACUUAUCAGCUUUUAAAGAGCUUAAAUUUAUACUACUAUGGGAUAAUUUAUUUGCAAGAAUAUAAUGACCAAUAUGUAGACCUUAUAGAUUCUGCAACUGUCGCACUGAUUCUACCCCACAAAUAUUCAGAUGAUUAUUUAAAAAUCCUGUUAAACAGAUAUAUAAGAUACUCAUCAGUAAAUACAAUAAUUCUUCUUUUACCAGGAAAACUAUCAGCUCAAAUUUUACAAGUGGCAGGUACUGAUUUUGAAGACUUAGGCUUUGUUUGGAUUUUAAUGCCUAUUGCAGACUAUUUACAAUACUCAGAAUCUACUUCUCUUGAAGAUAAUGGCCCAAUACUUAUGUAUUCAUCAUUAACUUCUCUAGAAUCUAAGCUAAGCCUUUUUUAUGAAAUUUUAAAUAUCUGCUCUGAAAGAAGCAUUGGUUUAAUCAAAUGUUUUGAAGAAUCGCUUGAUUUCGAUGAAAAUCACGAUUUAUUAGCAAAUUAUGAUAUUUUAAAUACACAAAAUUCUACAUAUAUAAAUGUAGGGAGCGCCACAAUAAACUCUUGCACAAUAACUGAUGCCUUAAAGUGGUCACAUGGCUCAAAACUCGAAAAAACAAUUACAAUUUCUCAAGACGCAGGGCUUUAUUCAGCAGCAGGUGCCUAUUUAUCAUUUUUAGUACCAUCUUAUAAUGGAAAUGAGCUAGGUGUAAACUAUGUCAAUAACAAUUCCACAAUCUUGAAGGGGUUCAAGCUAAAGCGAAAUUCCUAUAACUUUGGCAGCUUAUAUUACAAUAAAACAUUCAUGGAUGCAGAAUUCGAGAGGUCUAAAUCUCAAUUAAAAACUCUUAUGAUUGCUCCAGCUUUGUCGGAUGUCGCUAUACAUUUAUAUCAGACUAUGCAAGAUAAUUCACUUAUUUUGCCAAUGAUUGGGUAUUCCACUACAGUAGAUAAAUUAUCUUCACCUAUUACUUUUCCUAUGUUUUCUCGAGUUAAUAUGGCUUCAGGCUAUAUAGGAUACGUAUUAGGAAUUAUUUUAAAAUAUUUCGGCUGGUCCAAAGUCGGUGUUUUAUACUUAAAUAACGUAUUUGCCCAAAACGUUUUCAGUGCUUUUAAAACUCAAUGCGAGCAGGUCAAUCUCCAAAUCACUAAUGAAGGCAAUGAAAUGUUGCCUGACAAUUCUCCAUCCUGGACAUAUGAAGAAAUUGACCCAGUUUUGUCAUAUCUUGGGAAAAGUGAUGCAAGGAUUAUUUUGAUGAUUUGUUAUACACAAGACGCUACAAGCAUAUUGACAAGAAUGUGGGAACUGGGGUAUCAUGGGGAUAAUAGAGUUUAUAUAGCAGUUGGGUGACUUGCAAGCAGUAUGGUCAUGCAAGAUAAAUCAUCAGCGUCUUAUAAUGAGACACAAUUGCAUAUAUUGAGAGAGUCAUUGAGAGGAGCGUUAAUGUUUUUCCCAGUUUCCUAUGCUGGUGCAUUUGGGCAGAAAGUUUAUAAUGAUUAUUUGUAUAAUUAUAAAAGUGAUCCAAUUGGAUAUACAGGUUUUGCAUUUGAUUCUAUACUUUUUGCAUUAAAGUUAGCUUAAAAUAUAUAGAAAAUAAUACACUAUUAGCUUGGCUAUUUUAUUUUAAAUGGCUUAUUCUUGCCUCUGCUUAUGCUAUAGAGCAGGUAAUUGCUCAAGGAAAAGACUAUAACAACCCCUCCAUUUUAAUGAGCGCUAUAAGAAAUAUUCGGUUCACUGGAGCUACAGGGCUGGUAAAAAUUGAGCAAAAUACCAAUGACAGGGCAACAAUGGACCAUUCCAUCUACAACUGCCAAGAAAUCUCCCCAGAUUCCUGAGAAAUAAAAAUUGUUGGCGUUUAUUCCCCAACGGGCUCACAAGUUUUCACCUAUUACGAAAGCAUCAUAUGGCCAGAUGGGACAAUAAACACUCCACCAGACAGUCCCAAGCCUAGAAGCUGCCCAUUUGAUAAUUCUCAGGUAAAAUCUUCAAUAACCGGACAUAUAAUGGUUUGCCUUAUAGGAACAAUCAUUUUACUUGUAGCGGUGCUUUCUAGCUUGUUUACAUGGAAAUACUGGAAAAGCGUAAUAUACUCAGAAAUUGAUAAAAGAACAGAAAUGACGUUUUAUGACAUGAUGGCUAUAAGUAGGAUUUUAAUAGAAUUUUUCCAAUUAGUAGGAAUUGCCCCUGAAAUUCCUGCGAUUUUUCAUGUGAUAAAAUUUGUAGGAAAUGCUCUUUCUCUCAAUUUAGACAAAAUGUAUAGGAUAGAUAGGACGUAUUUUUGGAUUUCUAUACAGGCAGUUUUUGCAGCAAUUGGGAUGGCGUUUGUAAUAAGAAUAGCCUACAUAGUAAAAAUACAUGUGCCUUUUUUAAAAGUUAUUAUGUCAAUUAUAUGGGAUUUAUUUUACGUUGCUAUUUUAUCAACACUUAUGAAUAUUUUUGUAUGCAAAAAUGGAAUAGGCAAAGAACUAGACGAAACUUAUCUUUAUUUUGACUGCUAUACAACUUGUUGGGGAGGGAAACAUUUAGUUUAUGCAGUUAUUGCCUUUACUAUUUCGGUCAUUUAUGUGUUAUUAGCAGUUAUAGAAAGGCCAAGAUGGCAGACUUCAAAUUCAAAUGAACAAAAUGUCCAGCUGCUUCCAAGCUUUUUGACGGUAAAAUCACUGGUGUUUACAUUGCUAAUUGUGGUUAAAAAAAUGGUGAAUACUGAUAUACCUGAGCUUUAUCUAGCAUUUUUUCUAUUUAUAUGUAUCUGCUACCUUGUGAUAAUUAUAUAUGAAAAGCCUUAUAAUUUGAAAAUUUUAAAUCUUUGGUAUAUGCUAAGUAUGAUGGCUCUUUGUUGGCUGAAUUUUAUAGGAAUACUUUAUUAUAUUAUGGCUGAAGAAAAUAUAGCUCUAUGGCUAUCUUUAGUUGCAGUUGGGUGGAGUUGUGUAUGCUGCGGAGGACUGGCUUAUCAAAAAUCAAAAAAACUGUAUUGGCCUUUUAAUAGUGGAUUUGGAAAAAAUACAAACUUAUUUAAAUUUGCCUUUAAGAAUAGUAGUAUUAUGGAUGCCAAAAAGAUUAAGCAUCAGUUACGAAUUUUAAAGCUUGAGAACUCUCCAACUCUUAAUGAAAUUACUUUUGGAAACAGAAAAGAUAUAGCAGAAAAAACACCAAAAAUAUCUGUAGCCAAUUAA